AUGAGGAUUGCCUAUCCAAUUUACACCUUAGAUGUUUCUUCAAUUUCAACACCAUAUUCCACAUCAAGUCCCCAAUCAUGUCCAAACUUUUUUAUACGAAAGAAACUUCAAACUAAAUUCAAUCAUCUCGAUAUUCCAGAUGAUAUUUGCUAUCAAAUCAUGACCUUCCUCGAUCUCAAGUUUAUUCUAACCACCUGUGCAUUAAUCUCCAAGCAAUGGUUAUACGAAAGUCUGCAACACGUCAAAUUGAGCUAUAAAAUUAAGAGUUCAACAAGCGCUUAUUCGAUUCUAAAGAAAAUGGCAAGUUCAGAAUCGAGAUUUAUUCCAAAUAUUACAGAAUUGGAUUUUUCGUGUCAAUUCAGAGACGAAUCAAGAUUGGAAGAUAGUGGAAUACGUUUGAUUUCGUCCAAUUCUCAUAUUCGAAACCUACGUUCGCUGAACAUUCCAUUGAACCGAAUUCAAGACUACAGUUUGGAAACUUUCAUAGUUGAAGAUAUCACUAACAGUUUAACAAGUUUAAACUUGAAUGGAAAUUACAUUACUGAUAAGGGAAUUUUAUCAAUUUCCAUUUGUGAAAAUUUAAAAAAUUUAACAUAUUUGGAUAUUGGAUACAACGAUUUUACAGAUGAAGGAAUGAAUCAUCUUGCCAAUAGUCCAUGUUUAACAAAAUUAACUCAUUUGGAUGUUAGCCAAAGUGCCAUUACCAAAAUUGGAAUGAAUUUUCUGUGCAGUUCAGAGAAUUUCAAAAACUUGACAAAUUUGUUUGUAGAAAAAACAAAAAUUGGUGAUGAAGGCAUGCGAUCGAUUGCAAAAUGUAAGAAAAUGCCCAAUUUAACUCUUCUGAAUGCAUGCGAUUGUGAAAUUGGUUUUGAUGGCAUGAUGUCAUUUGCAACAAGUCAAAAUUUCACUAAUUUGAAGAAUUUGUUUCUGAGCAGGAAUGUGGAAAUUGGAAAUGAUCCAAUUAUUGAGAUGGCAAGAAAUCCUGCCUUUCAGAAUUUGGUAAAAUUGAAUAUUUGUAAAAUUGGAAUUACUGAUCCAGCCGUCAAGUGUAUUGCUGAAAGUGAAUUUAUUGGAAACUUACGGUCUAUUGCCCUCAAUUACAAUAAUUUAACUCAAGAAGGUCUCACAUCAUUAAUGUCAAGCACCAAUUUUUCCAAGUUGACCGAACUUGACAUUUGCUUACAUCAUAUCAAUGACGAACUCUGCGAACUAAUUUUAAAUGGAAACAAUAUGGGAAAAGUUAAAUAUCUGGGAAUAUAUGAGGAAGGUGAUUAUGGAUGUCAAAGAGUUGCAAAUGCUCCAACCUUAGUGAACCUUACAAGUCUUGAUUAUCGAUUGACAGAAAUUACGAGUUUAGGAUGCAGUUUUCUAUGUAAAAGCCAAUACUUGAUUAAUUUAACGGUAAUAAGAUUAUCUGGUAAUCCAAUUGGUAAAGAAGGUGCUUUCCACAUUGCAAGGAAUGAAAACUUUUCCAAAUUAAGAAAACUCAUUUUACAAAAAUGUAAAAUUUCAGAUGAAGGAGUCAGAUACCUUGCACAAAGUACAAACCUCAAUAAUGUGUCAGAGCUUAAUAUAAGCGAUAAUCAAAUAUCCUUCAUUGGUGUUGAAUAUAUUUGUCGGACAACAGAAUUGAAAAGUUUGAGAUUUUUAGAUAUUUUUCAAAAUGAUAUUGGAGAUAUUGGAAAGGGAUGGUUGUGGAAUAUUAAACGAUUCGAAACCAUUCGUAUGAAUGAAAGUUAUUAA